AUGAGCUUUUUCCAUAGGCCUGACGUCCUGGCAGCUGGGUCAGAAAGUUAUCCAGGAGAGAUAAUGCACCCAAGACAGAGGGCACAAGCUUCCUAUAACUCAGUCUUGAAAGUGAUAUACAACCACUUCUACUAUAUUCUAUUUGUUGUAACUCAAAAGAACAGCACUGAUUCAUUAGACAUAGAGGAAGCAAACCAGCACAAGAAACCAAAAUUCAGUUCUAAAAAUCUCAUUGGGUUUGUUCGUGAUGAAAAUUCCAACAGACAGAAGUCAGAACAUGUAGAAGUUGAUAAAGGAAGUAAAGAGGGUUUAUUUAUAAAUAAAGAAGAUGUAUAUGAACAUUACCAAAAAUAUUCCAAAGACACAAAAUUUGGUAAAUUCAAGCAUAAGCAAUCAACUUUUAACGAAAUACACUCUACUAGAAGACUCCGAAAGAAGGGUCUCCAGAAUAUCAAAGGCGUUAAUACAAGUAUGUCUAAAGAUAAAGGAAGAAGAAACACAGGACAGAAAAGAACUCAAGUGGAUGAUCCAAAACAAGAAAUAUGCAUUCCAAGAAAGGCAAGAGCUGUUUCUUCUUCCAGAAGAAUAAACAGAUUAGUUACUGGUCAGCCAGAUACUCUCCAAGCCUUUGAUGACCUUCCAGAAAAGUCACAUAAACUUUUUAGCCCAGCUCUGUCAAGCCUGAAAAAUGGAUUAGGUAACAAUAUUGAGGCUUGUUUAGUUCCAAAAGAGACACAUAUCCAGAGCCUGGAUUUAUCAGAUAAUCAAGAAAUGAAAUUCUUAGGAUCCACUGACCAAGAAGAAGCUGUUCUUUUCUCAAGACUUUCCUUACAGAAAGAAAUCAAGUUACCACUUGUUACUACAGAUCAGCAGCCUCACACUCACCAAGAACAACAGCACAUUAGCCCUUAUAAAUCUCCUGAAAACAGUAACUCAGGUCAAAAAUGUGAGAACCUUAGUAAGUGGGAAAAUUCUUUCGUAUCCUUUAUAAAGAAAAAUUUUAAUAAUGUUAAUGAUGAUGAUUGCUUUCCCUCUGAAAAGACUGUAACAUGUAAAACAGUGGUGUGUUCUACAGGUUGCAAAAACCACUGUAAUUAUAAGGAGAAUGUAACAACUAGAAAAGAAAUGGAUUUUCAACAGUUUGUCCCUUCUGAAGACCAUUUUUCACAGGAAAAUGAGUUAAAAGUAUGCAGUCUAACCAUACAACAGGAAGCUGUUAAUCUUUCUGAUUCAGAUAAUACAAUAGGUCCUGAACAAUGUGUUGCCAUUUAUGAACAAUGCAAAUGUAAAACUUCUUUUGAUCACUCACAUGGCAGUUCUGAGCAUACUUCCCUGGCUUGUCCACGAACAUUUUCAACACAGGAAGCUUCAAAGUUGACUAGUCAUGUGAAGCUAUUCAAAAGGCCUCAAGAUUUUAGCUCCAGAGCACCAACUCCUUUAAUGGAUCAAACAGAUAUUCAUAUUGUGGAAAAAGUAAAUGAGGGAGAAGACCCUAAAAAGAAUUGCAAUGAUGAAAGCCGGGAAACAAGUUCUUCAAAUGGACCUUUAUCCACAGUUGUUAAUUCUCAAGUAAUAGAAACAACUGCAGUAGAAAAAAGGAAACAAGAUCUUCCAAAGAGCAAAACCAUACAUGAUACAGUUUUUUAUUCCACUGACAAUAUCAGUAAGGAAUUGACCAACAUUUCACAACUUAGACAAAAAGAAGAAAAGGAAAUUUCUCAUAAAGCAGAUGAGGAAUUAACUAGUAAUAUCAAUGGAGAUGAAAGCACUAUGAGAAAUGGUGAGAAAGAAGAAAAAACAGAUUCUGAAAUUCACAUGUCUAAUAUCCAAGAAUGCAAAAAAGUUCAGAAUUUCAGAAAAAGACAAAAUUUAUUGAAAGCUACCCGCAGCCAAGAAAUGAAGACAGCUGGGAUCAAUAAAAGGCGUGCCCGAGGGGAGCGCCGGCUUCAUUUGGCUGCCAGAAGAGGAACUUUGUCUCUGGUGAAGGCUCCAAUAGAAUCUGAAGCAGAUGUGAAUCUAAAAGACAAUGCAGGUUGGACACCACUUCAUAAGACAUCUACUAAGAGAUCUCAUGAUAGAAUUGUAGAGUUGUUAAAAGCUGGUGCUAAUGUUAAUUUUGAAAAACUAGAUGGGAUUCUUCCCUUACAUGAUGCUGCUGCCAACAAUCAUUUAAAGGCAGCUGAGAUUCUACUACCACAUGGAGCAAACCCAAAUCAAAAGAAUCAAAAACAGAAAACUGCUUUGGAUGAAGCAGAUAAUGAAAAAAUGAAAGAGCUACUGAUAUCUUUUGGUGCAAUUGAGACUGAUAAUAGAAAUGAAAGUAAUGCUACAGUCACUGUCAAAAUUCCAGCUGUUCAACCAAAAAGGCAUAAGUGGUGUUUUUGUGAUGACUGCAACACUGUUGAUCCACCUUUUCUUUCACAAAGAGAAAAAAGAAGAGAAAGCUAUCCUGUGCAUCAGGCCAUCAGUGCCAUUCUACAAGAUAUAGAAGAAAAACAAGGAAAUUUACUAGAAUUUGAAAUACGAACCCCUGAAGAUGCAGAACAAUGCAUUGAAAAGAUGUUAGAGAUAAAAGAGAUUAUGGAUUAUGUGCUUGCCAAACAGAAGGCAGAAAGGGAUGAUCUGGCUAAAAAAUACAGGGUGUCCAUAGAAUCAUUUAAGCAAGGAGUCCUGAGAGAACAGCUGGCUAACUUGGCCACAAGACAGAAGAGCCUUUUAGUUGUGGCAAAAAAACAGAAAAAAAUUACCCAGAAAAUCCAAAACUAUAAAAACAUUACAUCUUUGUCUGGUCCUAGUUUGAGGAAGCCACCGUCCAGCUCAGCAAUCUCUAGUGAAAAGGACAGCCAAGAUCUUAUCAGUCUGGAAAAUUCAUUGCAGCCCCAGUCAGGUUCACUUUCUCUUGUCAGCCUUACUUGUGGAAGCAUGCAGGAAACACCAUUGUCUCCAGAAACUUGGAAUAGCAGCCCAAAUACCAACACUUGUGUAAAUUCAGAAACAGUGAGAAGGGAAUUUUCUGGAAAUGAGCUGAAUUCUAAGCAAAAUGUCAAUGAUGGUACCUUCGAUGGGUCACCAAAAUCCAGACGUGCAGAUGGCACUAAGAUUAAAUUACCCUCCCAACCUGUUGCUCUUACUGCUCAGAGGGAGUAUUCACAGAGAGGAAAUGAUCUCACAGAGCCUCCAGCCCCAGAGUGCGAGCCCUGUAAUCAUCCUUCUGCAGUAACUAACACAUUAAACAUUGCAGCGACUACAAGCAUACUUGCCAGAAAUGAUGCCCAUCCAUCAGCUGUUGUUUGUGAUCAGGCUCCUACCAGUUGUGAUCCAAAAAGAGGAAAGAGGAAAAUAGCUUCCCAGCAGCCAAGUAGGGGGACAUUGGAAUCUCUGACACAUCAAGGGACUGAUGUCUUAGGCAGUAUUACUGGGCAUCAGACAAAAUCUUAUCCUAAAAAAACAGCUUUUACUGUUCGACGUGCUAAUGACAGCCACAGCUCCUCCCACUCUGAACGUGGCCGUCAACAUAUUAUUAAAAAGCCUGUAAACUCCAGCACAGCUCCUAGAAAGAAAUGUAUGCAGAUAAAGGAUCUGAUAUUACUCGGAAGAAUUAAUCCAGGAAAAAACAUUCUAGAAUUCAAAACACAGGAGACUACCCACAAAGCCAGUGUCUUACUGAGCGGUAAAAUUAAGGUAGAAAAUGGUCAGAUUUAUCAAAAUCCAGUCACCUGGCUCAAGGAUCUUCUAGGAGGCAACAGUUAUGUGACUUGGAAUUAUGCUUGGAGUAAGGUGACAUAUCUGGGGAAGGAGCUUUUAAAGUAUGUUUCUGAGGAAGUACCCGUAUCUGCAGAGCCAAAUGUGGUGCUUCAGCAACAUCAGCCUUGUCUUCCAGGAACAUCCAGAGAGUCAAUGCAAAGCAUCCCACCUUAUCUACAAAUAAAUGAAGUACUGUUAAUCAGUGAUCAAGAAUUUCUCCCAUGCCAUAUAAUGGAUCAACACUGGAAGUUCUAUGUGGAAUGUGAAGAGCUAACAUUCUAAACCUUUGUUUUUGUAGUAAUUUAUUAGACAUUUGUUCAUAUUAUUAACCCACAUUAAUAUUUUAUCUUACAUAGGCUGGAGGGCCUAUUUUAAUAUACAUUUUAUGAGUUGCUACUUAAGAUAUGUUUACUGUUGUAAGAAAAAAACAUAAUUCAAACUAGUAUAGUAAGAUUUAAUACUUUUUUGCCAUUGAAAUAAAGGCAUUUUUGAAUUACACUAU